AUGUUAAUUCAAACAUUUGCAUCAUCAAAAUUACCAAAAGUAACAAAUGAAGAGUUUUUGAAAGAGGUACCAUCAGACCUACAUCUACGUCAGUUGUCGUUCAUGUACAGCAGCAAUGAAGUCAGAGAACUGGCAAUACAUUUAGGACUGUCGGUGACAGCCGUUGAUAACAAAGAUUACACAGGGGAUCGAACAUCAUGGAACUUUGAAGUUUUUCGACGAUGCAGGAAUCGCAAUUGGGUUACAUUUAAAGAAAUAGCAAACGCAAUAGACAACUCUGCUGUAAAUGGAAGCAUGCAUACACUUUGCAAGCUUGUGAAAUAUCAAUUUAUUGAUUUCGACAGGGAGCCGGAGAAAUGGGAUGUAGUUCCUACAGAGGAACACAUUGACCGAUUGGUUCCAUUGGUUGGAAACCAAUCCCUCCCAUUUUUGAUCGAACUUGGCAUGGAUUUCAAUACCUGGGAGCGGAUAAGCCACAAGCAAACUGAACGAGAUUUAGUUACUAGACUUAACAAAGAUAUCUUAGAAGAAUGGAGAAACAAGUUUUGCCGGAUGCACAAUCUAAAACCAACCUUGAGGACCAUUGCUCAGUCAUUUCGUAACAUAGGCAAGCAUUUUCAAAUUGUGGAAAAUGCAUUACUAGAUUUGUUUUGACUCAUUUUAUUCUUCCAUGUUUUAUCGCUAUGUUUUUUACUUGAUAAUUGAUAUUGAACUAUUUAAAGAACAAACAUAUUCAAUUUGAGAGAUUGGAGACACAUUUGCCCAAAAAAAUAUGUACAUAGUUGCAAGUUACCUCAUAUAAAAAUAUCAUAACAUGAUGAAUAUCGUGUAUUUUUACCGAAUCAUUUAUAAGUUUCUUUCUUACAUGUAAUUUUAACUUGAAGCACACACAUUUUAUAAUUUUGUGUAAUUUUGUUAAAAAUAGAUGUGAUCAAAUUAAUCCAAUGAAUGUCAAAACAUUCCUGUAUGUGUGUAUACUUUACGAUUUGAAGAUGUACGUUAAUUAAAAUAUUAUGUUUUUUUAAUCUAUAGACAAUAAUCUAAUGUGUUUUCCCUCAGUAUUCAUUAUGUUUGAAAGUAUCCUUUUCAUUUAAUGCAAAGAGUGCAAUGCAUUUCGACAUUUCGAUCACCCUUGACUUUUUGUGAUCUAUAGACAUAUUCAAUGCAGAGACACA